GCGCACAACACCAAUCAAUCAAGCAUCGAUGAUGCUUGCUACGCUUCGUCGCCGAGCGUUGCCGCUGACGCGCGCCGGGCGCCAUGCUCCGCUGCGACCAGCCAUGCGCGUCCAUCGACUCCAGGCGCCAGCGCGCGAGUUUUCGGUCCUUACAGACCUGCUUGCCCGCCUACGCAGCUGGUGGCAGCCACCCUCGAUUCCUGCGCCCACAGAGCCUAGCAGACGCAUCGUCCUCUCGACAGGCCGCCGCAACGCCAAGACAGUCUGCUUGGUCGACGGCAACAACCUCCAGUACUUUGUGUUUGACCCAACAUGCCCGAUGACGCAUAAUGACGCUUACGUUGGCGCGACGGUGCGGUUCCUCCAGCGACUCCGCCACCUCGUCCUCACGCAGCAGCCGGACGGCAUCGUCGUCUUCUUCGAUACAAGCAAGAUCACUGACCGGAAGAAGGAGAACCCAGCGUACAAGUCGGAGCGCAAGCCCAUGGAGCCUCGACUUCGGCCGCAGUUCAAGCUCACGACGGCGGCUCUGCGGGCGCUCAACCUUCCUAUUGCCCGUGUGCCCGGCGUCGAGGCCGACGACCUCAUCGCGUCGUACGCCAAGGCGUGCGUGGACCAAGGCUACAACGCGGUGAUUGUAUCAAACGACAACGACUUUCUCCAGCUCGUGCAAAGCUCGACCGUGACUGUCCUUAAGCCCUCGCGCAACCAAGUGCUGCGGGAGAAGGACGUCCGCGCCAUGCUUCACGGCGGCAAGCCCGUCUUGCAACCCGAUAUUCGUGCGCUCUGUGGCGACCGGUGGGGCAAAACGCCGGGUCUUCCUGGCGGCCUCAAUAGACGCCAAGCCGUCGAGCUUCUCGAAUCCUCGGGCGGCCUCCUUCCGCUGCUUGACAACCUUGACAACGUGGACAACGAGACUCUGCGCCAGCGACUGGCCAGCGCGGACGAGCUCCUCCGGACGUCGUAUCGCAUGACCAAGCUCGAGAACGACCUGGCACUACCGAUUGCGCUCAGCGAGCUCCGCGUUGCGACUAAUUUUGACGUGCUCGAGCCGCUUCUGGGCAAAGACGCUGUGCGGGUCGUCAAUAGCUCGCUGUAA